AUGUCGAGCAUGUAAGUGAUAUGCAGAGCUUAUGAUAUACAAUGACAAGAAGCCAUGACUGACUUGAUGGAACAGGUUCAAAUGGAAUACUUGCCUUCACAUAAAGAAGAAGGCCAGCAGCAGCCAGAAAUUGACAAGUGAAAUCCUCUGCGGCGAUUUCAGCAUUUCGCUCUCCUCUACAUCAAGUAUGCAGACAUCAUUCGCAAGUUUGAGGAAUGCUAUGAUCAGAUGCUUCACCCUCAAAAGCGAGCACUUAUCAAGAAGCUGUUAGAAAAUACCAUUCUGAGACUUCUCGAAGUUAAAGAAGCUUUGGUGUUUUUAAAUCCACGACCUAAAUCCCCCUUUUAAACUGUUUGUAAAAUUCUACUUUUUGGGAAAUUAGCUAUUCUGUUAUUGAGCUAAGUAUUUUGAUAUGAAAAAAAUUAGCUCAAGUUCUUGAGCAGUCUCUCCUCUCCAGAUUUGCUCUUAGAUGGGCCAUACUAUGGUCUGAAGUGAGCAGAAAAAGGAAUCUUCAGUUCUAGGCAUUUGUACUCUAUUGUUUCGUGCUCUCAUCCGACAAUUUAAACUUUGUGUCUGUCAGAUUAGCAUUUGGAAAAAAGGCUUAUCCCUAGAGACCACCCAACUUUUAUUAUUAUGGAGCUAGUUUUUAUACAUGGACUUCUGCACAAGUGGAGAAAAUGAGAGGAAUUAAUUAUAUACUUUGCCUAUCUUAUGCAUCGCGCUUUAACUCUUUACCCUUCUGAUGUCAAAGGCAGGACCCUAGGUGCUGGAGGAAAGCAGGAUAGAUGAGGCAACGCGCCAAGAGGCCCAUCAUGAGAUCAAAAGUAGAAACAAUCGGAGAAAAAAAGGCGUCUCACCCACACUGCGCAGCUGAGUCCCAACUAGAAGUUAGCAAAAAUUAAGCUAAUUUGCUUGUUAUUUUUUUUACUCGAAGUUUCAGAAAUAGCAUCAAGAAUCAGGCCAAAAGCUAGAGGAAAGCUCUAUCUUAUCGAAAUAUUGAAUACCCAGGGAGGCUCCUGAAGUUAAAUAAGCCUUUAAGAAGGCUCAUCUGGGUGAGAUGUAAAUAAAUAAAGUCUUUACAAACCUACUCAAGCCCUUCAGUGAGCGAGCAAAGAAUUUUACUUAUUCAUGUUGGUGAAGUAAGUCAAUAUUCAUAAAUAUUGAUGAUUUGCUGAUGGAUUUGAAGCUAGACCCGGAUAACAUGGAAAUCACGAUCCCUCGUUAUUUUGCUGAAGAGAAUCGGGACUAUUUAGAAAGACGCACUCAGCUGAUCAACAGAUUAAUGAUAAACAAUUUCCAGACUGACGAGCCUGAAGAAGACCAAAGAGAAGAAAUGUUUUUCUUAGAACUGAACAUAGAGAACGCCAUCCGCAUCAUCCAGAAAAACGAAAGAGGAAGACAAGGCCGAGACAGAAUCAUCCAAGCCAGGAAUUUCUCGAAGAAAAAAAGACUCAAAGAAGACCCCAAAAACAGAAUUGAAGAAGAAAACACUGAAGCGACCCACACAGUGAUUGUCCAAAAAGUAUUCAGAGCAUUUCUCGCAAGAAUUUACAUCGACCAAACCAGAGACAAGGAGCUCGAAUUUCUCGGAAUGGUCGCUCCUAAAAAUGUGGAAAACGACCCUACUCUUGAGUAUGAAAAAAACCAAAAAGUCCGCAGAAUGAAAAAAGAAGAGCAUCUCAAUGAAUAUAUAGGAGCGCUCAAAGAUCUCCAAGAUGUCGUCCAAAGAAAUGAAGGCGCCGAUAUGGAAGACACUAUGAAAGAAGAAAGAAGGAAAUUCAUGAUUGAGUUUAUUUCAAACCACGAGUUCAAAGAAGUACCUAAAAUCGAGGAUUUCUAUAAGAGGGAAAACGAAAAUAGGGUUUUGUCCUCAGAAGAAGAAGCUAAAAAGAAAGUAGAGGAAGAAGAAGCAAAAAAGAAGGCAGAAGAGGAUAAGAAAAAAAGCAAGGCGAAAGGAAAAGAUAAGGAUAAGAAAGGGAAAAAGGGGAAGAAAGGGAAAAAAGAUAAGAAGAAAAAGGAAGAGAAAAGUGAUGGGACAAAAUGGAUUGGGACAACACCGUGUGUCCAAAAAAUGCAGGAAGAAAUAGUCAAGUUUAAAGAUGUUUGGGAAAGCAGGGAUGAGUCCACAAAUCCAGUGCAGAAAUAUGAUGAAGAGUUGGCGAAAGGGACAGUGAGACCGACUAUUCAAGAAGCUGUUAGAUUGCAGGUGGAUCAGCUGAUGGAGGCGGAGCUGCAAAAUAUAAGAAUCUACCUUGUAGGAGCACCAGCACCUAAGACUAAGGGAGGCAAAAAAGGCAAAAAAGGCAAAAAGGGCAAAAAAGGUAAAAAAGGUAAGAAAGGUAAAAAAGGAAAGAAAGGCAAAAAGAAAGAAACCAAGGAAGCCCCACAAGAAGGACCAUUGGAUGCUUUAACAGGAAACGUUGCAAUGGAUUUCCUAGGAAAAAUGAAAGGAGGCCCAAGUGAAAAGCUUGUAGGAAACAGAGCUCCUGAUGACAUGCUCGCUGAGCUGGUGGCCAAAGGAAUCUUGAGGAAGCUCGUCCCUUGCCACCUUAAAGAUUUUAUCGGCACAUUUAAUUAUUUAGGGUCUGUUGUUCAGCACAAUCUUACAUUAGCAGACAGAGAGCCUGAUCCAUCUUAUGCACAAAUUCGCCAAGUUGUUACAGAAUACGGAAUUCUCCCAAUGGGUUCUCCAUUUUUAAGGCAAAAUUCUCCAAUCUAUACAAACUCAAUCCUCCUCUAUGGCCCACCUGGCUGCGGGAAAACAAUGCUUGUUAGGGCGAUGGCUACCCACUUAAACGCUGUCAUUUUUGAUAUUUCCCCAUAUACCGUUUCUGAGUCUCCUUACAAAACUGAGUCUAAAGGUCUCAAUAAAAUGCUUUACACCGUAUUUCGCUCAGCCAAAGAAAACCCACCUGCUAUCAUCUAUAUUGAUGAGUGUGAAAAAUACUUUUCAGGUGGAAAAGGGAAAAAAGGCAAAAAGAAAAAAGGUAGAGGAGAGUUCGCAAAGCUCAAAAAAGACUUAGUUGGGCACAAAAAAUACCUGAAAAACCAGCACAGAGUUAUAAUAGUUGGAUGCACCUCAAAGCCAUGGGAAGCUAGCAAGGUGGACUUAAAGUCUUACUUCAACAAGCAUAUCUUGAUCCCUCAUCCUAACUAUGCAACCAGAAAAGAGCUGUGGGAGCAUUUCCUAGACAAGCAUGGAGACAUACUGAACCCUAAGUUCAAUAUAAGCACAUUGGCUCAGCUUUCUGAAGGAUAUACAGCUGGAAGCAUUAAUCAGACUGUCAAUAAAGUUAUGACUGAUUUAAGGAAGCAGAACCUAAAGUGGAGGCCUUUGCAGAUAAAUGAAUUUAUUGCCCCACUCUCCAGGACUCCAUGUGUGGAUACUAAUGUUGAUAAAGAACUAAUUCCUCAUCCGUGAGCGACCCAAAAAAAUAUUGUUCACUCAAGGAUAUGGGUUAAUUUUUUUUAAAAUAAAUUUUUUCAAAUUUUUUUUUUCAAUAUUUUAAAAAAUUCAAAUUCGUAAAUAUGGAAAGCAAAAAUCAAUUUAAUUUGGAAAAUUUAUGCUAUAAAAUGCAAGCCGUUUUAAAAAUUCAACAAAAUUAGCUGCAUAUAUUUUAUUACAAUAAUUAUCAUUAAUAUAUCAGUAUAUUUUUUAUAAAAAAAAAUUUUAUAUUAAAAUUUUUUGUUCGAUCACAGAGGUGAGUUUUGGGCAAAAAAAGAUUUUUACCAUAGUUUUGUUAGCUAACUGAGGGGGGAGUAAGAGAGCUGAACUAUGAGCUGCUCGGGAUUAAAGCUGCUUAUGAAAAAGAGAAAAAGGAUAAAGAAGAAGCAGAAAAUGCAAAAGCUGACGGGAAGAAAGGCAAAGGAGGAAAAGGCAAAGGAAAAAAGAAGUAA